AAAUUAAACAUUUACGUAGCUGUGACAUUUAUGCUUGUUCAUUAUGGCAACCAUUCACAAUAACUAAAAUAGGGAACGAAAUUUAUUUUAUUCUAAAAGUGAGUUGCGGACUUUUUGGAAACGAAUAAAAUAUCAAGGAUGACUCUACCGUUUGGCCCAAAACAUGCUCAAAUAGCAACCGCCUUCAUCAGAUCUGCUGCUACCUUUGGAGGAGCUGCCGGUUUAGGACUGUUGUACUAUACAGAUUGGAAAACAGUUCUGCAAUAUGUUCCAAUCUAUGGUUCCAAAUUUGAAAAGUCCGAAUAACUCCAUAUAUUUUCGCUGAACUUUAAAAAAUAAAAAUUGUGUUCUAAUAAAUUAGCAGAAUUAAUUAAGUA